AUGUCCUACCCUGACCCUCUCCCCACGGUGACAAGAUCGCUCUCUGACGAUGUCGUUGUGAUUCUGGCGCCGUUCGAUUUCCUCCAUGUGGUACCCAUCGGCGCGAGAACGGCGUUGUUCCGCUAUCAGAACCAGGUGGUGGUGUGGCUGCCGUUGCCGUAUGGCGAUUACAUUGACGAGGCGCUUGCCAAAUGGGGGUCGAACGUCUCGAUUUCGUGGGUGAUUGUUGCUAAUACCCACCACUGCAUGUGUGCUCAUCAAUACAAGCGGAGAUUCCCUGAUGCCAGAAUCCUUGCUCCCGAGGGCACGCCGUUGAAAGAAGGAUGCCGCGCUGAUGUUAUCAUUCCGAAGUCGUUGGCUCGCCAGAAACUUCUGGGCGACCGCCUUAAGAGUCUUGGUGUCGACAACGUGAUUGUCAACAACUUUGAGUUUGAGUUUUUGGACCAGCACUAUUGUGACGAAGUGGUGACGUACGAGAAGAACUUGAAGACGCUUUUCGUGGGUGAUUUGUUGUUCAAUUUUGAUGGGGAGGUGGAGCAAUUCCAGGCAGGGGGUCCUUCAUGGCGUCACUGGAUGCUCUGGAAAGUGAACCCGAGAAAUUACUACGGUCAAUUGGUGACGUGUUUGUUUAAUAUGGUGUUUCUGCCCAAUUCGCUGGCUAAGGAGCCGUUGAGGGUGUUGGUGAAUGAGUUUGACUUUGAUCGGGUGGUAAUGUGUCACGGUAAUGACUUGGAGGGACAGGAUGUAAAAAAGGUGUUGGUGAACGCCUUAGGUUUAUAG